AUGUCAAAGAUCCAAGUCCGUUCUUUUCGUAAUGAGCUUGUCGAGCUACGAUCGCGCCAAAAGAAGCAAGAAUCCACGGUCGAUGUCAGCAAGUUGGAAUCCAGAGUUGGUCGCCUACCGUCCCCCGAUUCGAGCGAUCUGAAUAGCACUUGUUCAUUCUUCACUGAUCCGACUCUCUUUGCAAUGGUCAAGCAAUAUCAUCAAAAGACAACACAAGGUUCGAGGAGCAUGAAUCAGUCGCGUAUACGUUCGUUUGACGACCAGUGGAUCGGUCGUCGUCCACAGGCGAAGGAUGUCUUACCUUAUCGCACGCUACAUGAUUACGAUGAGGGUUUGAUACAGCAGCAACACAACAACAAUGACAACAGCUUGUUUCUCAAUCCGUUGGUGCCAAAGCGAAGAAGAUACCUUGCUCAAGAGAAUCAAUCCAACUUGCUAUCUUCAUUGUCAACUAUACCCGGAUCACCAUCAUCAUCAUCCAAACGACCUAAAACCACCCAUGAUACCCAAGAGAACGAUUUGAUGGAACGCUUACUACAUCCUGAAAGCACAAUGACUCAGCGCGAGAACCAUGAUGAUGAUACCCAAAUCGAGGACGAUGAUGAUGAAACGACGCAACAAUCACAACAUGAGGAGGAGGACAACAAUGAACCAUCCACAUCAGAGAUCCCUGAAACAGAAUUGAUGCAGCAAUACCAUGACUUUAUUCAAAAUUUCAAGGAUAGCCCAUUGCAUUCACUCAAGUCCGAAAAUGGGAUUGAUUUGUUACCGAGACAGCGGGAACGCUUGAAUUACGCCAAACUCAACAAAAAGAUGUAUGACAAGUCUAAGGAUACCAAUGAGUCUCAGGGUGAUGAAGCUGGAGCGGCUAGUGGAGAAGAGGUGGAUAGAUUGGAUGCAGAGGGGAAUCCAGAGGUUGUGCUUACGAUUGCCACAUAUCAUCCAUUGAUGCCUAGCUAUCGUGUGCGAGAAUUUGAUAUGCUUGGAUCCCAGACGCUGACCGAUUUACGCGACUUUAUCUUUUGUAUCAAGGACUUUGUGGGUGACAAUGACCGGAAAGGCAAGCAACCAGAUGGCAUUGUGCUCAACACGCAAAAGAAAAAGCUUUCAGCAAGUUGUCUCUUUAUCGAAGGCGUGUUUUAUGUCGACACUCGAGCCGUCACUGAACUUGGAUUGGAGGAAGGUGGACCUGAUUUGCCUGAUUACAGUGAGCCUAUACGAAAAUGGGUUAUGGAUUUCGGUCGAUAUGAGCAACCAGGAUUGGCUGAAUAUCAACGACAUGAUAUGCAAGGUGUCACCUUUGAAGACCUUUCGCUCGAGCUUAACAAGCCAUACUUGUUCUUGCAUCAGGAUGGAUGCCAACAUGUCAUCAUGGUUCGGGAUAUACGCAUCCAUUCCAAGCAUGAUCCACCCCUACGCAGCUCUUAUCCCAUGGUCACCUACAAUUGGCAAUUUGUGAGAUACAAGUGCAGGAUGUGUAAUAUCUACCCAGCAGCGUAUAUGACGGUGAACGAUGUUAUGAGUGGAUCAUCACCAUGCUUCUUUUGCAAGGAAUGUUAUAAGCCUUUCCAUUUUGACGAGGACGGCAACCAAGUGCUCAGUCAUCAAGUCACCCAAUACUUUGGCAUGUAA